ACUCAGUAUAAAAUAUGCGAGUACGAGGAUGAGUUGGUAAGAGGCAGACAUAAAGUGACAUAGGGAGUAACUGAGACAGACAGGAAGUCUUUCAGCAGAAGUUAGCCACCUCACACACACACACACACACACACACACAGAGCGCUCAGUGACAGGAGUGAAGUGUGUUAGAGGUGGAGGAGCCGGUAGACUGCUUCAACUUUGUAGAUACCUGAUGGCGUCUGGCAGAGCGGAGGAACAGCCACCAGCUCUACCUGUCAAACAGCACAGACGUUCCAGUGCUGAGUCUGACUGCGCAUUGCUCAGCCCUGUUGGACUCCAGCAUCAAAACUAUGCAUACAAUGAUGUCUUCCCUGAACCCACCGACUGUCACGCAGCCCAGUGCCCCAUACACCAGCGCUACGAUCCCUCCAGACACCUGCUGAGAUUUUUCUCCGAUGGCAUCCCGCCGCCUGUCCCAAAGAAGAGGUUUGCUCGGACCCUCUCCCAUCCCGGCAUAAAUGUGCCUUCAGUGUCACCUCUGUCUCCCUUCUCGCCUCUGCAAAGACACCCUCAAAACUUUGACAACCCCCUGUACAUGAUGGCACCCAUACCUGCCACCUAUUUCCAAGAGGAGACUGAAGAGACUGAAGCAGCGAGAAGGAGCCCUGUCCCCUCACUGUCCAUCUCCCAGCUGUCUUUUGACACUCCAGACGAACACCUGCCCUUCCUCUUCAGCAGCUUCACCGACCACAGGGUUGUUUCUCAGGGGAUUCAGCACCGCCAGCUACUCUUUCUCAGAAGUAUGGCACAGAGCGUGGAGGCUGGGAGCCUGCUGCAGGGAGAGGCCUCAGGCAGGGACGUUGGCUCAUACCAGCCUCAGGAUUUCCUGCUGUGUGAGGGCAGCAUGCCAAAGCAGGUUGGAGACACAAUUUACUACAACCUGCACAGCCCCAAGUUCCCAGGGAGACUGCUCAGCUUGAGGGUACACAAACAGACUGAGGCCUCAACUUGCACCAAACAUCAUCCAUUGCAUGUCAACGUGCAAGAUGUUAUUGCCUCUUUUCAACCCAGUAAAAACAAUGCUGGCACUUUGCAAACUGAGGAUCCAAGAGCAGCCUCUUCUGCUAAACCACCAGGUGGAAGUAGCACAGAGUCUGUGAAUGCAAAGGCCCACACAGUUCAGGUUUUCCUACAGAAAGGUCACACUGUGAGCGUUGAGAGAGACCUGCCACAAGCCACUCUAAAGGACUUUGUUCAGCUGCAGAGCUCCGAGUGUUUGGAUUAUGACAGACAGGUUUGUGUUCUGCUGCUGCAGAUUUUAAUGGGCUCACACCAUCUGUACCACAACAGCGCCACAGCAGCUGAGCUCAGGCCCCAGGAGAUCCUCCUGGUGUGGCCCAGCAGGGAGAAGGACAAGGGGGAGAAAAGGGAAAUGGAGUGGGAAGUGACAGAAGAACCAUGUAGGAUCCAGGUGUCGAGGACACGUGGUUCUCCUCGUGUGGUGCUGAGGCCACAGUCUUCUCCUCUUUCUCUACCUCAACCCCUUACUGCCAUUAAACUCCAGAUUGCAGCGCUAAUUCAGUUCUGCCUUCAUCCACAAGAGAGCCAAGCAUCUCAGGGUUCAGCUCUGUCCUCAUAUCGAGUGGGUCUUCUUCUCGUGUCAUCUCUGCUGCAGAGUGACAGCGGGCCCCAGAUGUUAGACAUAGCGGCCAUGCUUCAGGUGCUCCUCUGGGGGCCACGCGUCCCCCUCUUCAGUCAGCGAGGCUCCACCACCACCGCCGUGCACAACUGGCUGACCAUCAAACGAGCCCUGCUGGUGAUGAAGUUGGCAGAAAGAGGACUGAUCCAGGAUCAGUCUCUUCUGGACUGGGAGGACUGCUUGUGUCUGCAGUAUCUGUCAUUUACGGACUCAGAAGCAAUCGUGAGCGUGACCAGUCAGUUGUGGAACUCUGAACACUGACGGAAACUUACGGUCAACACGUAAGUAACUGCUGUAAAUGAAAUUAUUCCUUUGAUGAUGUAAACUUUUAAUCUAUGUAAAAAAAAUAUUUCCAUCCUUUUCUGAAACCCCAGCUUCACAUUCCUCUUUACAAUGUGAAAUCUGUUUGAUGAAAUGCAUCUCUGGUCAACAAUUACUUUCUCAAUCAGCUUCUUGCUACAAGUGAUCAAAUUGUAAAACUGUUUUCUGAGUUUUAUUAAAUUUUCCAUACAUCAUCUUUUUGUGCACCUCUCACUGGUUUGCAGAAAAUUAUGUCUUUUUAUGUAUUAAUCAAGAUUUCAAGAAAACUGCUUAAAAAUAACACACACAUUCCACGGAAAACUCAUUUUUUGCCACCUUAGGAUACAUUUCCUUUCAAAAUUAUGCUAUCACUGAAUAUCCUUUACAACAAGUGUAAUGAUCAAGCUAGCUAGCAGCAUCUGAAAGGCUUUUUCCCACAGCCUAGUAGCAGUGUGUUUUCCAAAAUGGAUAAUCCCACACUCACACCCACUUUACACAGUGGGACAGGUGCACAGAGGUGUGAAAGUAAUGCCUUUAAAAAGGUGUAUCCUACGUCCGACAUCCCAAUUUAUCACAUCAAGAACACAAAGAAAAUUCUUGGGAGAGAUUAGGAUCAUACGGGGGGUUACGGUGGAGAUUAAAAGCUUAGAAUUUUCUCUAUUUCUGCAUGAAUGUGACAAGAACAUUAUCAGAUGUUUACACAGGUGCUAAAAGUAGAUAGAGAACGCAAUUAAACAAUAUGAGACAAAAAUGAUAUGCAUGUAAUUUGUUUUGGUAAUAAAAAUGACCUAAUAUUACAUAAUUGUGAGGGGUAAAAGUACGUAAGCCUCUUAGAGUCGCAGUUAAUUUAAGGUUAAGCUGGAGUCAAGUAUUUUAAUCAAAAUAAGGACAAACUGGUGUGAGUUGGAGCUUCACAGUAUAAGUUUGUUGAAGUGUAUCAUGGCAGACUUCUUGGUUUCUUGAAAUGUAUUGUUGAUGCUCGUUAGGUAGAAAAAGUUACAAAACUAUCAGUGAAGACUUUCGACUCCAUCAAUCCACAGCCACAUCGUGCACAAAUGGAGCAAAUUCAAAGCAAAUGUUACCCUUAACAGAAGUGGUCGGCCUACAAAUUCACCCCAAAAGCAGAAGGGUCAUUCCAGAAACGGAGGAGAUUUUACGUCCCACCCAUCACAUUUCAAAUAUGAAAUACUAAAACAUGCAGCUUGUUGGUAAAUUCACCUGUCCUGAAAUCCAAUCAAAAAAACUAGAAGAAACGAAUUUUUGAAAAUAUUUUUAAAAUACCAAAGAAGUCUGGAGUCCCACCCAAAAUGACAUUUUUGUCUUGUCCCAUCCUUGUGAUGACCGAACUCAAUCUCAAAUUAAAACCGUUAAAAAGAAAUUUAAAUCUCCUUUUUUUGGUAUUGUUUUUUCAUUGAUGUCUCUUGUAAUGUGGAAACAUUGUUUUUAAUCAACCUUUUUUAAAAAGUAAUUAAUGCGCAUGGAACAUGUAUCCCACAGCAUGUUAGCGUAACUUUUUUAGCUGGUAGAAGAAGAAGAAAAAAAACAGCGAAUCACAUGAAACACUGGAAUUAACAUCAGUUUUCCAAAACAAUGAGUAGAGCACAGCUAUGUCCUCCUUUCUGUUUUUCAUAUUUUCAUAACAUUGUCAGCCUUAAUUUAAA